AGUUGUGGUAGUGUGUGGCUGGUAGUGGAGGCGGUGGGGGUGGCGGUGAAGCAGCAGCUGUGGCUGCUGCCUGGAAGACCAGACUUAGGUGAAGAACAAGACCUGUGAGCCUGUGGCUGAAGGCAGGCAGCAUCAAGCCACGUCGUUGCUGCCAUUGUUUCUUUCUGUUCUGUCUUCCUUUGUUUCCUCAGUGUACAGUACCGUGAUAUCCUGGUUUUAUAGAUACUACCACCAUCACUCCACAGCUAGAUUAUAGCUUUAGCUCUGACGUCGUGACUCGUCCUAUCAAAUAUCCCGUAGUGCGUAGUUUCAAUAUCUUUGAGUGAAACACUCCUUAUGAAUUUGUGACCGCAUCUCAUUAUUCCAACCACCUAGCCUCUACCAGAGUAAUCACUAAUCAGAGGGAUACCAUGGCUGCUAGUGUUGCUGCUUCUACCGAAGGCAGCCACCGCUUGAGACGCCCGUACGGUGUUCGGCGGCGUGAACUCGAAGACUGCGUAAAGACGGCAGUGGAGCAUUUGCCGGAAUUUCUCUUCUACAUCAAUGGUCAAACUGAAGGUCUCAUCUUGAAACAGCAGUAUCUAUUGCGUGAUGAUGUACGACGGUACUGGCCACAGUUUGCCUCUGAUCGGGCCAUAACCGUGUGUGAUGGCGUCCGCCUAUCGCCAUCACGAGUAUGCUAUGCCAUAAUCCGAACGUACUCUCCCAAUGGCGCUAGACCGAGAGCACAGGUGCAGAAUCGCGACGUUAUCCACCUAGGUGAACGAGCACUAGACGUAAUGGAAAUCGGAUAUGAUCGCAGAAAGGAUCUGCUCCAAGCGAAUGUCGACAUCAAAUCGAGAAGUGAAGAUUUGAUAUCUGACAAAUGGGGUGUGACCGUGACAGCAGAUCGUGAAUGCUCAGAAGGCAACAUUUCACUGGAUGCUGUCAGCAUGUCCACAGCUGCCCAAGAUUGCCCCACACUCAAGCUCACCAUCACGAACAGCUCACUGUCCAAGUUGACUUUGGAGUCUUGCUACCUGCUAUUUGAACAUCAUGGCUUCGCGAUGGAGAGGUUACAUUCCACUGUCCGGUACCCAAUGUCUCUAUCUUCAUCCACAAAGCACACUAUAUCGGUGCGCUGUGUGAUUGAUCAGCUUGGUAUCCGCAGGGACUGGUGUGUGUUUGAGUUGAAGACAGCCAGCGGUGAAAAGUUCAACAUUGUACGCUUCCUGUCUGUGUACUUCACAGACAGUGUCACAAGUGACCCGGCUAUGCAAGCCACACGCCCAUUCCGUGCCAAGCCAGUCAAACUGCUCAAGACAACCGAUGAGGACAUUGUUGAUGGAGAAAAACCAGAAGAACCAAUUCAGAAUCAACUGAUUGUCACGGUCAGUCCCCUGGUCGCUUACAAUGAGCACACAAUCAAGAAGCACUUACACUCACAGUUGUUUGUUGAGAAGCAUAAUCGUACCGGCAGAGAUGUUCGCAUGAAGCUCAACUUGGAUCAGAAGCGCCUGUUGGACCAGAGGCUGACAGCGGACAACUACAAACAAAAGAUGUUGCUGAUGCUUUUGUUGGAACAUCGUCAAGAAGAAGUUGACAUACACAAUUAUGAUAUGCCGCAUGCUGUCAUGACCGUGUCUAACAUGUACUUAGCCUUGAAGGUUCCUGGUUUGGCUGAGAACAGGCCAUCGUUGUUGAGGAAUGAUCACUUACUGGCACGCACUGUUAAUGGCAAGCAGCGACAUCGUGGCUAUGUUCACCGUGUUGAGUUGGAAGAAGUGAUGCUGCGCUUUAACAAAGACUUUCACCGCAGUUUCAUAGCGAACAAAGUCUGUGAGAUUGAGUUCUGCAUCAAUCCUAACCCAUGGUGGCUGAAGAACAGGGCUGUUUGCCUGUCGCAUGCUGCCUUGGACACUGGAGUCCUAUUUCCAGACAACGACUGCCUUGAACAAUGUGACGUGCCUGUAAUAUCUCGGUUUUACGACCGUCAUAUCAACAACGAAAGCAACCCAGAGCAGUGUCAGGCAGUGCAACAGAUUGUUGCUGGCUCAUCGGGCAGGGCUCCCUAUCUGAUAUUUGGUCCACCCGGUACAGGCAAGACUACUACACUAGUGGAGGCUAUCAAGCAGGUGCGAUUUUUCCACAAGAAGUGUCGCAUCUUGGCCUGUACUCCAUCGAACUCAGCCGCUGAUUUGGUAACAACACGCUUGCUGAAACACAUUGAUGCCAAAGACAUCAUCCGCCUCAAUGCCCUCUCUCGCAAGAAGAGCAGCCUUGCUGAUGGUGUCAUGAAUGUGUCCUAUUGCGAUGGUGAUCUGUUCUACUUCCCGAACCUUGCAAGGAUACGCACAUUCAGCAUUGUUGUGUGCACGCUGGCUACGUCAGGCAGAUUAGUGUCAGCCGGCAUGCCGCGUGAUCACUUCACGCACGUGUUCAUUGAUGAGUGCGGCCAUGCUGUUGAAGCUGAGUGUAUCGUGCCACUGUCAUCGCUUGUAGAGCCUGGCACGACGCAAGUCGUUCUAACUGGUGACCCGUAUCAGCUGGGACCCAUUGUGCGAUCAUCGCAUGCCGCUAAGCAUGGUUUGACCACCUCGCUUCUGGAACGCCUCAUGAAGGAAUGCGACCUCUAUCAACGACACAUUGUGGAUGGAAAAGCGAUGCUAGAACCACGGGCAGUAACAAAAUUGCUCCGAAACUAUCGGUCUCAUCCCGCUAUCAUUGAAGUGCCCAACGAGUGUUUCUAUGACAAUGAGCUGCAAGUAUUUGCUGACAAAUUCGGUCGAGAGAUGCUGUGUGACUGGGAGCACUUGCCAGCUGAUGCAAAGAAGUCUCGCUUUCCUAUCAUCUUCAAUGGCGUCGAGGGUAUCGAUGAACGAGAAGGAGACAGCCCAUCUUUCUUCAACCUCACUGAAGUUUCGCGGGUUCUGUUCUAUGUUGAGCAAUUGCGCCGCUCGAGAAGACCACAGAUCUCUGCUUCACAGAUUGGUGUCAUCUCACCGUACCACAAGCAGGUUCUUCGUAUCCGCAAGCAGCUGCGUGCCAAGGGCCAUGAGUCAGUGAAAGUUGGGUCAGUGGAGGAGUUCCAAGGCCAAGAGAGAACAGUCAUCAUCAUCUCUACUGUGCGCAGUCAACCCAAGUAUCUUACCAUGGACAAGACAUUCAGCCUGGGCUUCCUGCAGAACCAGAAGCGUUUCAACGUAGCCAUCACUCGUGCCAUGGCUCUGCUUAUUGUCAUUGGCAACCCAUACAUUCUCAACAAGGAUGAUCACUGGAAAAUGUUCUUGAACUUUGUCAUUGACAACGGUGGUUAUACCGGCUGCAAAUAUUCACCAGACCAGGAGGCUGUGCUCCGUGAGAAGAUGGAGAAUCUAUCGCUGAACUCCGGUGCUGCUAGUGCUGCUAUUGCCGCUGCUGCCGCUGAAGAAGGCAUUGAACUUGAUCAACGUGAAGAUCCCGGAUGGAGAAGAGAAGAGUGAAGGCAGCUACUACUGUCACUUGGCCUACUAGGAACACGUUGAACAUCUGGCCGUUGCCUGGCCUUCAAAGUUUGUAAGCGUGUAUCUUCUUCUUGUAGCCAGCAUAGUUGCGAAUGCUGUUUAGACACGAGCAUAAAGCAGACUGGCUCAUGCGCAGACAGCUCCACAGCCAUGCACUGGAUUUUUUGAUGGACUCGUGCUGUACUGUUCUAUCGUCUACUACACUAUGGUACUGACUUGAGUGUUCAAGUCUGCCAUUAUUAUUUGAAUUUAUCAGUUCAUGCAUGUCUUUAGCUUGCUGCAUUGACAUGUGCGUGCCUGUCCGGGGUGACGCUGCUCAAAGAAGUUGAGAUGGACAUCUUUUGAGCUCUGGCCUUUUGGUCUAUCUUCCUUGUUUUAGGCUUUUAGUAAUUACUCCUGCUAUGUUGAAUCUCCAUUUGUAGUGCAUGAAAAGCCCAGAUAAAGAACUUAUUGCAUCUCGUGACUUGGUUUAGUGUAGCAAGCAGCACCAGAGCUGGCCUGCACAGAUACUGCUUUCUUUUACACCUUCUACCACAGUACCAGUGCUGUCAAAAUCUUUUUUCUCAUUCCAACUGCUUAUCUAGCAUAAAUUAUUAUCCAUGUACUUCUCUUCUGGCAUACCUCUUGAUGCCCUUAACUCAUUAUGCUACUUUUCUUUUCCUCUGCUAGGUGCUGUCUGCAAAUGUUCCCUCAGUCACACGAA